UAGAUACGCAUAGGAACGACGUAAACUAUAACCUACUUCCGGUGAAGCUGUCAACACUUUUUAUCAAACAAAAUACAGAAUCGAACAGAACCAAAAAACUUGUUGACACAAUGGCUGCUGCUGUGACAAAAGGGACAGAGAGGGAUCCACCUAAUUUUGUUCACCAAAAUGCAAUUUUAUGUGAAACAAUAAUGAAAGAGCAAAGACACCAAAAAUUAUAUACAAACUACAGUGUUAACCCAUUCAAAAAACUGCAUGUGCUUUCUGGAAAACCAAACUCAAGACAUGACACAGAGGAGGGUGAAGAAGAUCAACAUUUUCUCAAAGUAAUAAACAGAGCCAAUCAAGAACCAGUAAAGAAAUACACAUACCCACAGACAGAGUCACAAGAAUAUGGCUGGAUAACAAAACCAUUGAUAGAAAAAGAUAGAUCAGACAGAAGAAUUAACUUCCCAAGACAAAAUACUGCCAUUACAAAAUAUAUGGAUGCUGCAUGGAGAGUGAAGGAGCAGACAGAGAAUAUGAAUUGAUGACAAUCUGUUUUAGCUGUGACAAACACUAUACUCUAUUGAUAAAUCACAAACAUCAUGCAAUAUUUAAAAUUUUCAAAAUGGGAUAAAUUUUGCAUAAAUUGUCUCCCUUUAGUUCAGUCUUUCAAGAGAUGGUAGUGUUUAUGUCAUAUACAAGUAAAAAAUAAAAACGAAUAGUAAUUGUGAAAAUUGUGAAUAGUUAAACACAUGUUUUUACAAAUUUGCUGAUAAAGGUACAUGUACUUAUUGUCAUUAUCAAAUAUUAUUUAAUUUUACCAGUAAGCUUUAAGGCUGUUGAGUUCUUUACUAUUUUACUGCUACAUGAACAUGUAUUAGGUUAUACAAUAUUGUUUCUGUUACUGUUCUUUGAAUAGAGCCAAAUGUUUAGUAAAAUGAGUUUGUAUUUGUUGUAUUAAGAUCCAGAUGUUUAAAGCAAUCACAUGAUCUAUUAUAAUACAGAAACCAGAAUGACCAAUUACAGUUUGUACCAAAUUUUGUAUGUUUUAUGAAAAUGUGUUACAUUUUAUAAAAGCAUUUUGUUUUACAUAUUUAAAGUUUUAUUGUGUACAUAAAAUAUCUCUGUUUUUAAUAAAAAAAAUUAAUAAU